AUGCGCUUCUUCACCACUAUUGCCGCUGCCCUGGCAGCCUCCCAGACUGCCUCCGCUUCCGCCACAGCACCUGAAACGACCUGCGCCGCCCCGACGGCCACUACCACCAAGAUCGUGCAGCAUCUGAACUGCCGCCGCAUCGUCUGCAUGAGGCCGACCAGGACCUGCUCCGCCGGCGAGUCCACGCAGCCCGAGCCCCGGCCGCCGUUCGUGGUCUCGACCGUCGUCCCGGAGCCGGGCGCGUGUACGGCUGUUGCCGAGGCGAUCGACAACCCGGGCUGCAAUCUUUGCCCCACCUGUCUUGCUGCUCCUCUGGUCCGGCCUUAA